AGGGGCUCUGCCCUGUAGGGAAGAGGGCUCUGUGGAACUCUGGGCUGUGCUCUAUAGGGGAGGAAUCCCUGUAAGGGCUGUGCCCUAUGGGGAGGGGUCCCUGUAGGGGCUCCGGGCUCUGCCCUAUAGGGGAGGGGGCUCUGUGGGGGCUGUGCCCUAUGGGGAGGGGUCCCUGUUAGGGUUGUGCCCUAUAGGGGAGGGGGCUCUGUGGGGUCUCUGCCCUAUGGGGAGGGGUCCCUAUGGGGUCCAGCGGCACUAACGGGACUCAGAGCGGACCGGGAAGGGGAACGCCGUGGAUGAAGCCCUGCAGGGAACGGGGGUCCCGGCGGGGGCCGGGCAGGCGUGGCCCUUGGGUGGGACGAGGUGUGGGGACAGCGGGGCCACCACCGCUGGAGCCGCCCCGUGCCCGCAGGUGACAGCGGAGCCCUGAGGAUGCGGGGCCGGAUCCCGGGAAUCUGCGGAGCCCCGGGGAUGCGGGGCCGGAUCCCGGCCCUGCUCGGCCUGGCCCUGGCCUUGGCAUCGCUGCUGCCAGCGGCUGGAGCGCGCCGGAGCCAGGACCUGCACUGCGGAGCCUGCCGGGCGCUGGUGGACGAGCUGGAGUGGGAGAUCGCCCAGGUGGACCCCAGAAAAACCAUCCAGAUGGGCUCGUUCCGCAUCAACCCCGACGGCAGCCAGUCGGUGGUGGAGGUGCCGUACGCCCGUUCCGAGGCGCACCUGACGGAGCUGCUGGAGCGGGUGUGCGAGAAGAUGAAGGAGUACGGCGAGAAGCUGGACCCGGCCACGCAGCGCAAGAGCUACGUCCGCGUCAUCUCCCACGACGGCACCAAGAUGGACCUGUCCGGGCUCAAAUUCGACGGGGACGUCACCUCCAGCCUGAAAUUCGCGUGCGAGAGCAUCGCUGAGGAGUACGAGGACGAGCUCAUCGAGUUUCUGUCGCACGAGGCUGAGAACGUCAAGGACCGGCUGUGCAGCAAGAGGACGGACCUGUGUGACCACGCGCUCCACAUCCCACACGACGAGCUGUGACUGCCUCCGGAGCGGGGACCGGGACGGCACCGGGACCCACCGGGA